CGCGUCCUUCGGGGGCGCUUCUUUUACCUGCCGCCAGGUGGGGUCGGGCCGCUGCGUCCCGGGAGCGGGAGGGACGCUUGGAGCCAGGGCGUGAAGAGCGGAGCCGCCAGACUGCGCUGCAGCCGGGGAGAGUCGGUCCGGGCGAGUAGCUGCAGCCAUGGAGGGGAGAGAAGAUGCCGAGGGCAGCUGCGAUGUAGCUUUUGCUGAAGCUCAGAGAUGGGUGGAGGCAGUCACCGGGAAAAGUUUUGGAACCAAAGAUUUUCGAGCCGCUUUAGAAAACGGAGUCCUGUUGUGUGAUUUGAUUAACAAGAUCAAACCUGGCAUCAUUAAGAAGAUCAAUCGUCUAUCUACUCCAAUAGCUGGUUUGGAUAAUAUAAAUGUUUUUCUGAAAGCUUGUGAAAAUAUUGGAUUGAAAGAAGCUCAGCUUUUUCAUCCUGGUGAUCUUCAGGAUUUGUCCAGUCGAGUUACUGUCAAGCAAGAGGAGACCAAUAGAAGACUUAAAAACGUUUUGAUUACAUUAUACUGGCUGGGGAGGAAAGCACAAAACAAGUCUGGUUACAAUGGUCCACACCUUAACCUUAAAGCAUUUGAGAAAUUACUAGGACAAGCUCUGACCAGGGCCCUCGAAGAAUCUAGCAGUCUGAAAAGCAGUGGCAGGGACAGUGGGUACGGUGAUAUUUGGUACAUUGACCGUGGAGAAGCAUUUUCACCUUCCACUAGCCAUAAAAGAGACGAUUCUUUCGAUAGCCUGGACUCCUUUGGUUCAAGAUCUUCCACAAGCUUUUCAUCAGAUAUAACCUUGAAGGGUAGCAGUGAAGGUUGUGAAAGUGACACGGACUCUGAACUGCCUUACAAAAUGCAUGAUUCUGGCAAAGAUAACAUGUCAUAUCGCAGGAUUGCUGUGGUUGAACCAAAACCUACUACAGACUUCAAUCGGUUCUUACCCAGCAACAGGAAACAGGCACCAUAUAUGCCAGCACCGCUCAGGAAAAAAAGGAUAGAGAAGAAUGAGGACAACAGAAGAAGCUGGGCAAGUCCUGUCUUCACUGAGCCAGAUGGAACAUUUUCAAGUAACCAGAGGAGGCAGAGGCAUUUGGACCCUAAAGAGGAAAGCAAGCCAAAAGUUAACAUUUCUUCAAAAUUCUCCGGCUAUUCUGAUGAUGAGGAAGAAAAGACAGUAGGCAUCCCAAACAUUGAAAAAGAUGAUCUCUAUGUUCGCAAACUAAAUUCUGCAGUUUCAAACCCAAUGGUUUCUUUUGACAAGUUUCUACCUAAGUUUUGGACUCCAGAAGAAGAAUUGCAUUGGAAAAACAUCAAAAAAGGAUCCUCUUCCAAACCAUGGUAUAAGGAGCUUCAGGGAUUCAGUAGAAGGAAGGCUGAUUCUGAGGAUGAAGAUUCAGCCAAUAAACAAAGCAAUGCCAAACCGACUGCUGAUUAUGUGGGGAAAUCAUUGUCCCAAAUUGCAGAAGGGGGAAUCACAUACGCCUCUGAUCAACCCAGUCAGUUUUCAUUACUUCAGACCCUCCAAAAAUACUCUGAUGACUACUUGUCUUCUGAAAUGAAGACCAAAAUUGAUCCUACUUCUGGCCCUAGGGUCAUAACAUGCAGAAAGAAUAUUUUUUUUACGCCAGGAUGCAACCAGAGGGAAACUAUGAAUGGAGACCUAUAUCCAGACUUGGAAAAUGACGAUUUGUUUGUUCGGAAGACUGGGGCUUUCCACAUAAAUCCAAUUGCUCUCCAAGCUUUUGAAUACUUUAGAAAAUCCUCUGAGCAAGAACCUCUUCUAGAGGGUGAAAUAAUUCUGCAACCCAGAGAAGGCCAACCUGUUAUUCCAGACUUAGAAAAAGAUGACAUGACUGUUCGUAAAGUACAAACACAGAAAAAAGGGGUGCCUUUAUCAGGUGCUCCAGACAAAUACCAUCCUGCACUCUUUCCUGAUCCUUGGAGCCUCCCACCAGAAAUCCAAUCCAAAUUUCUUUGUUUACUUGACAAGACUAUCACAACAGAAGAUGAAAAAAAUGGUGGUAGAGUCUUAUCACCCUCUUUGCAGCAGAAGAAGGAUGAUAUGCUGACUCGCAAGAUUGAGUCUUGGAAAGUAGGAAGUGUUCUGCAGCCAGUCAGUUUUACUCCAGGUCCAUGCAGCGAAGAAGACUGGAAAAAAUGGGAGGCUAUCAGAGAGGCCAGCAAAGUUAGACACAAGAAACGCCAGAUGGUUGAGAGACUGUUUCAAAAGCUUUCUGAUGAGGAUGGGAGCAAGUCUUUGAAUGAUGUCAGUAUAGACGAAGGCCAAGUUAUGCGCCAGGUUCAUUAUGAAGAGCUACAGAAAAUAAAAUCCAAGCUACAGGAACAAGAUCAACAAUGGCAAGAUGAUCUAGCAAAAUGGAAAAAUCGUCGAAAAAGUUUCACUUCAGAUUUGCAAAAGAAAAAGGAGGAGAGAGAAGAAAUCGAAAGGAGAGCCUCUGAGAAUUCUGAAAGAAAUAGCAAGUCACUGAAAGAAAUGCAGCAGGACAGGGAGAACAGAGAUCAAGGAUCCUACCGGGACAUCCAGCAAAAAAGUGAACGCAGGCGAAUGCAUUCAUCAGAUGAUGUAUUUAGUGAAGAAAAACCUCCUUCCAGAUCAUCAGUAGCAAAAGAUUACCUUGUUGAAAAAGAUGCCUCUUACAGCUUUAAGAAGAAUGAAGAAUCAUAUGCUGCACAAACUAACAAUGAGAAUUCUCAAAAGCCAGAGAUCUAUGCAACAGUUGAAACUCAAAUUCCAUCUAAAAGCCUAUUAGAAGAACAGAGCUCAGUCCCUUUGUCUACUCACCCUUCAGUGAAUGCACAAAUGGGGUCAGCUCGGGUUUCAGCUUCUCUCCCCAGAAAUUACCAGAAAACUGAUAGCUCUAGGUUAACAUCUGUGGUUACACCAAGACCUUUUGGUGUCCCCUCAAGAGGAAUCUCAUCACUUCCCAGAUCAUUUACGGUGGACGAUGCCCAGAAAUAUAAUGGAGAAGUAGAUGGAGCUAAGAGAUCUCAAAGUUUGCUCACGAGCUAUUCAUUUUCAACAAUGGAAGCAGGACCACUUCUCUCUGCAGAUGCAAUGACAAGUGGUGGCAAGGAGGAAAAGGAAAGCAUUAAAAUAACAGUGUCUCCUGCACUGAGAGCCUCUGCUACAUCCCAAUACCAGGAUGCAGUGUCCCCUGGUCUUAAAUCAGAGUAUUAUACUCAUUCUGACCCUAUUACAGUUGCAUCUUCUGCAGAAAUAAGAAGCCUGCCAGAGCCAGAGGUUUCAGUGUCACAGGACCAGUACAGUGAAAUGAGAAUCAGUAUAAACCAGAGACCUGGUAACAGUCGCAACUUUGGGUUCACCACAAAUUGGAAACCUUCUGGGGUUUUUAUACAAACAAUUGAAGAAGGUAGCACUGCAGACCUUGGCCAGCUGCAAGUAGAUGAUGAAAUCAUUGCUGUUGAUGGCACAAGAGUUUCACAAAUGGACCAUAAUCAGUGGGAGAAAGCCAUGGCCAAUGCACUAGAAACUGGAAACCUGGUCAUGGAUAUCAGACGAUAUGGAAAAAAUGAUUGGGGCAAAGACCAGCCUUCCCUGCCAUAUGUAAGGCAUAAAAUCCUCAAUCUCACCAGUAUGGCUACCAACAUUGUAGGUACACCUGAAAAUAAAUGGAUUGAUGCAACUUCUGGAGAUCAGAAUUCUACGAACUCUUCAAACAUAUCAGCCAAAAGAGAUUUCUCCUACAGCCUUCAAAAUUCUGAUACUGGAGCAAAAGUGAUAAAUGGAAUGCAAGCAGAUCUGAGCUCUAAUGAACAAAAAGAAUCUGAACCUAUUUCUUUGAAAAACUUAAAAAGACGGUCACAAUUUUUUGAACAAGGAGGCUCAGAGCCUGCAGUGUCUGAUCUCCCGGUUCCGUCUAUUAAUGCUCCUAGUCGUUGGACUUGGGACCAAGAAGAAGAGAGAAAACGACAGGAAAAAUGGCAGAAAGAACAGGAACGUUUACUUCAGGAGAAAUACAGACGUGAACAGGAGAAAUUGCGGGAAGAAUGGCUACAGGCUCAGCAAGAAGCAGAAAGAGAGAGUUCCAAAUAUUUAGAUGAGGAGCCGACUGCCCUAACCUUAAACACAGUAUCGGUAACUGCACAUGCACCACCUAUUUCUAGCUGGAGAACAAACAUGGGAGAAGACACUGAUGCUCCUGAAGGAGGCAGAAGACAUGAAUGGGGGGAACAGCAGCAGAAUGAGGAAGAGAAGGAAAUGGAAAGGCAGAGACUCCAGGAGGAAAGGAGACUUCAAGAGGAAAAAGCCCUGCAUUUGGAGCAAAAAAGGAAAGCCCAAGAACUAGAGCUUGAAAGAGAGUGGAAAGCAAAGGAACAACAGUAUGCUGAGGAGCAGAAGCGGCGGGCGGAGGCUGAGGAGCAGAAGCGGCGGGCGGAGGCUGAGGAGCAGAAGCGGCGGGCGGAGGCUGAGGAGCAGAAGCGGCGGGCGGAGGCCGAGGAGCAGAAGCGGCUCAUGGAAAAAGAAAGGGAGAUACCAAUGCAGAUGCCCCAAUACCGAAGACAUUAUGACCAUUAUGAAGUAUCUCAAAACUUUGAAGAUCCAUCUGGACACUUUCUUGCUGACAGAAAUAAAUCCAGAUCGACUUCAGAACUGGAUGAUUACCCCAGAAGCAGAAAUGGUACAAACAACAAAUAUUUGGAAAGGUCCUGGAAUGUCAGUGAUUCACAGAAGGGGUCUCAAAAAGAGCGUGCCCCGUCUACAGCAGAAAUAGAGAGACAACAUAUCCUUCAGGAAAUGAGAAAAAAAACGUCACUACAUACUGACAACAGCUGGAUUAGGCAGCGUAGUUCUAGUGUGCAUAAGGACCCCGUUAAUCUACACAAGAAUACAAUGAAGAGAGGUGAAUCGUUAGAUAAUCUUGAUUCCGCAAGAACAAGUUCAUGGAGACGUUCAUCUUGGAUGAAUCAAUCUGCCUCUUCCACAUCAUCUAGUCAAGAUUUUGGUCGAUCUGCUGCUCCACUAGUGUCUACUUCGAACAGAGCUUACAUGCGUACCCCCUCCUCCAGUGUAGCACCUCCUUCAGCCAGCUCUGGAAGAUCAGCCACUUCUUCCCACACUUUCCCCUCAGCACCUUCUUCUGUACCGCGUGCUCAGUCUCCUACCUCUGCUUUCCAAUCAGGAGCCCAGCAGCGGAACAAGUCAGUCAGUGGGAAGAAAAUAUGUUCAUACUGUAAUAACGUUCUGGGCAAAGGAGCAGCCAUGAUCAUCGAAUCUCUUGGUCUUUGUUAUCAUUUACGUUGUUUUAAGUGCGCAGCUUGUGCAUGUGACCUGGGGGGCUCACACUCAGGAGCUGAAGUCAGGAUCCGAAACAAUGAACUCUUCUGCAACGACUGCUAUGUCAGAUUUAAAACUGGACAGCCAACCGCCAUGUGAAGCAACCAUAAAUAUGAAAUCAUUGUUGCAGAUAGAAGAGGAGGUGGUUGCUGGUGAUGUAGAUUUAUAAAUAUGUAUUUUGUUUGUGUUUUUUAAGGGUAACUUUUUUGCCUGUCUAGAUUAUGUAGAAGAUGCAUUGUAUCUUUCAUUCAACUUUAGUUAUUUAUGAGAAUGUAAUCACAAGAAGGAAAUCUCUUGGGGGGCGGAGGGGGGGGAACACAUUCACUUUUUGAGUUCAAUAUACUAAAAAGCACAAGGGAGAACAAACAUUUAUCAGUAAUAACUUCAAAACAUUUUUGAGGCUGAUAAUCAACUAGCAGAGUUUCCAAUGGUAUAUGAAGAGGGUAUUUUGUUUAUGUUCUUAAAUGAGCACUAUUGAAAUAGUUAAUAUAAAUAUGUAUUUGUAAUUGCUGUCUUUAUUUUUGACAUAUGCUACGAAGUGAAUUCUCUAGAAUAAUAUGAAGCUGCAUUAAAAUGUACACCAAAAUGUUUGCUUUCUGUAUUGUGGUUUCUAAAACUGUUUACUAUUUGCUUUUUGAAAAUAAAAUACAAAGUAUAG